GUUUAAUUUCCUCCCAAUCCCGAGUCCCGACUAGUCCUCGCGUCGGUCCUCGAUCUCCUUCCAUAGCCACCUCGAGAAAUACUUAAUUGUCAUUAUCGAGAGACGGAGACCUUCCAGAUUGACGGGGCCUUUUCAGGUAGCUGUACGGAAGAAGAAACAAGCGGUCACCUACGUGCCUUUCAGUCUAUCGCCAAAGGAGGGAGUUCUUCAGGAAGGUAUUCAACCGAGGAAAGCGCUGCGGAACCAUAGGUAUAGCGCAAGGAAGCGACGGCCCUCCACUUGUGAUUCUACAAGAUCGGUCAGCAAUGGCAACGGAAAUGCAGUCGUUUUACACCCCCGCGACCACACAUAUCUCCUCCCACGCGCCGGCUGCAGUGGACGAACUGAUCACCAAAUACUCUUCUACCAUAGCAACUUCGACCUCACCCGGUGCAAGUCAUUUGCCCAUGAAGAACCCCCGCCGCAACAUCUUGCAGCGGUUUGCCGACCGUAUCCUUUUGGAAUACUAUCGCUACGAGGUCACGUUCGGACUCUAUGUGAUGACACCAGGGGAGAAGCUGGUGGCUAACACUUUUGUGAUUGUCGUCCUGUCCCUCUUGUUCUGGGCCCUGCUCGUUUAUUUCCCCGCGCUGCUCUACCAGAAGCUUAGCCGUCUCGUGUGGCUUUUGACCGGCCACAGCAGCGAGGAGAUGAGUGCUGCCUUGGGGAUACUCGACUCCCACGUGAACUCGAUAUCCACGCCCUCUAGCUGAGCCAGACGCUUGAAACCGGGCCGAGGAGGUUGCAUGAACCACAUCAUGACUAUAUUAUUUCACUCCUUUUGGUUUGAAUUGCUUUUUGGUAUAAACAACAGGGUUUGUUGUGAUGGUAAGCGCAGUUGACUUAUUAGCUGGGGCAUGGGGUGCUGACGCGCGAG